AUGUCCCUAACGCAAGAAUUGGCAUCAUGGAUGUCCCCGAAGAGGCUGGACUUGGGAAACCCGCCGAAAGUGGGAGACUCCGCCCCCGGCACCAACUUGCUGGAGUUCCCCAGGGCCGACGAGAGACCGGCCGUGGUCGUGUUCCUCAGGCAUUGCGGUUGUCCAUUCGCCGAGAAAUCCCUCCGCGUCCUUCGCGAAGCCGCCCCCGCGAACCCGGGCGUCGCCUUCAUCGCCGUCUCGCACUCGUCGGCGUCGCACACGAAGAAGUGGCUGUCCGAGGUCGGAGGCCCCGGCGGCGGCGACGACGCGAACCCCGUCGAGGUCGUCGUCGACGAGGGGCGUGACGUCUAUGCCCGAUGGGGCCUCGGCGCGUCAAGCUUUCUGCACGUCCUCGGCCCCAGCACGCUGUCGAGCGUGUUCAAGCUGGCGCGGGAGGAGGGCAUCGCCAACAGGCCCACGGAGAGCGGGAGCCGAUGGCAGACUUCGGGGGCUUGGGCCGUGGACGGGAGAGGAAGCGUGACUUGGGGCGGUCCAGCUCAGACGGCGUCCGAGAUCCCCAACGUCGAGGAGGCAUUGUCGUCGCUGCGCUAA